CGGUGAGGUUUCCUAUAGAACGCAGGAUCCACUGGUGUGACUCUAGCGUCGUCCUUGCUUGGCUGCACACUAGCUCUAGAAAACUUAAAACAUUUGUGGCCAACAGAGUCGCAGAGGUGCUGGAGUUAACUGAUGCUGGGUGUUGGCGCUAUGUUCCUACUUUUCAGAAUCCGGCUGAUCUCAUUUCCCGCGGGGCGUAUCCUGAAGAACUUAGGAAUAAUAAUUUGUGGUGGUCUGGUCCGGAGUUUUUAUUGCAAGACGAAUCAUCUUGGCCUACCUUGUCCAAAAAUCUUCAACAAGACUUAAAUGGUCUAGAGUUAAGAGCAAAUGUUGCUAAUCUAGAUAAUAGCAUUUCAUCGGUAAUUCAAUUCCAUAACUUUUCUAAAUUAAAUCGACUAAAGCGAGUGUAUGCAUACGUGUUGCGAUUUCUUUACAAUUUAAGAAAUCCUAAGUCUAAGCGUCUAGAAGCAUUAAGUGUGCAAGAAUUGCAAGGCUCUUUUCAUUUGCUUUGUCGCGUAGCACAACAGGAAUCAUUUCCUGUCGAAUACGGCUUAUUGGCUAAAAAUAGGACAAUCAGUUCUCGGUCUAGCAUUAUAGCUCUUACACCUUUCAUGGAUGCUAGUGGAUUGAUACGUGUAGGAGGUCGCUUAGACCAAUCGUCGCUUCCAUUUGAGAGCAAGCAUUCAAUUUUAUUACAUUCAUCACACUACCUAACUAAACUUAUCUUUGAGCGGGAGCAUUUGCAUAAGUUACACGCUGGUCCACAGUUGCUUCUCGCUAGUGUGCGGAACUAUGUGUGGCCCAUUAAUGGCCGGCGCCUCGCGAGAAGUACUGUGCACAAUUGUUUACAGUGUAGGAAGGUGCAAGGCAAGACUUUGACUCCGUUGAUGGGAAACUUGCCCUCACAGCGUAUUACGGUGGACUUCCCGUUUCGUAGUGUUGGUGUGGAUAUGGCUGGUCCUUUCCUUAUCCUAAAUCGAAAGGGACGCGGAGCAAAAACAACAAAAUGUUAUUUAUGUAUCUUUGUUUGUUUGAGGUUUAAAUGCUUGCACUUGGAAGCUGUCAGCGACCUUUCAAGAGAAGCUUUCAUUUUAACUUUACGUAGAUUUGUGGCCCGUCGCGGAAGGCCUACAGAGAUUUUUUGUGAUAACGGCCGAAAUUUUGUAGCCGCCUCGAAAGAAAUAGGCAAUUUUUUAAAAUCUAAUAAGAAUUCCAUACAUUCCUUUUGUAGUGAGGAAGAAAUUAAAUUUGUAUUUUCUCCUACCUAUGCUCCCCAUUUUGGUGGCAUCUGGGAGGCUGGAGUGAAAUCCGCAAAGUUUCACAUCAGGCGUGUUAUGGGCAAUUCGCAUUUAACAUACGAGGAGAUAGGCACCCUGUUUGCGCAAGUUGAAGCCAUACUAAAUAGCCGUCCCAUCUGUCCUAUGUCUUCGUCUCCAAAUGACCUUCAAUUCCUCACCCCGGGGCACUUUCUGCUUGGUCGGCCGCUAACCGCAUUGCCAUCACCGAAUCUCGUCGACUGCAAGGCUUCUAGUCUCCGACGUUACCAACGGCUCGAACAAAUUCGACAACAUUUUUGGAGAAGAUGGCAGCACGAGUACUUGGCAGAGCUACAACAGAGAACAAAGUGGCGCGUUCCUGACAUCCCUUUGAGGCUUGGAGACCUGGUGCUAUUGCAAGAGGAAAAUAUGCCACCACUGUGUUGGCGUGUAGGGCGCAUCAGUAAGCUGUUCCCUGGCGCUGACGGUGUAUGUCGCGUGGCGGACGUUCAAACGACUCGAGGGACAUUUCGAAGACCUUUCACACGACUAAGCCCUCUACCAGUAACAGAGAAUCAAACUGAGGGUUAAAAUCUGGUGAUUUUAACGGCGGGGAUGAUGUUCG